CAUUACUAAGCCUCUACCAAGGCUACGUUGAAUUGUGUUCCAAGGUUGUGGCUCACCCAAUUUGGUUAAAAAGGGGUACAGUACUUUCCGUAGACUCGCUGGCAUCCCUCCACCUGUCCUCAACAUCCUCAAUUUCCUCGAAUUCCCCGCCAUUCAAGACAAAAGAUUAUCGCAAGCCUCUCACAUAUCAUCAGCUGCAGAUAUCUGACGAACCUCUCGACGCCAGCAUAUAUUCUCGCAAUGCAGAGAGACGAAUAUGUCCAGGGAGACUAUCCCCAAUACCUCAAAGACGCAGUCGAGGCAGCUGGCAGAAACGUCAGUCAGCAGCAGGCCUCCGCAACAAACGCACCAACAAGGAACUCCCCUAUGUUCGUUGUAAUGCACGAAGAACGUUACGUGUACAGCUCCGAUUGCAACGAAAACAAGAUUAUUGGUGUAUUCGCAACCGUCGAGGUGGCCAAUUCGAAGAUCAUGGAGUUCUUCAAAAAAGGGCAUCCUGAUGUUGUGGAAGAGGACAAUUUUGUUCAGGGAGCCGAGGACCCAGGCCUGAAUCAAGUGACUUGGGGAAUCGACGAGCUUGGUGCAGUGUCGCUGGAAUAUACCGAUGGUGGAGAUGGCGAUUUCUUCAGGGUCGACAUCAAGAAGCAAGUGCUGCAGAAUUGAAACCUCAGCUGCUCUUGUUGAGGGCUCCGCAAACAUCGGAGUAAUGAGAGAGGUGGUGCGACCAAACCGGUAGCAGCAGAGAGUUAUGGAGAGAGUACUGAAGGCAUCAUGGAGGCCCAGAAUGAUCCCGAGGAAAGGGAAUGUGUAAGGCUGAGUGAUGGGGGCGCGUUGAUUGACAAAACUAGUGGCAUAAGUCCUCGAGAUGAGCAUAUCGAGCAUAUCGAGCAUAUCAAUAGCAAUGAUUUGGAAG